CUUUAAUCGAUAUUCGUUUCAACACACAUUGUGAAAUGUAUACGGAAAUAUGAAUACAAAAGCAUGUAGCUGAAACUAAAGAAGAGCUGCCACAUAUAGAAGAAGGCAUUGAAGUUUUGGAGAGCACCAUGGAUGCUUCUGAAGGCCUUGAGAGCAGGAUGGGUAGAACACUGCAAGCACCACCUUGCAUUGACCACCUUGCAUUGACCACCUUCCAUUGGCAGCGAAUGAGACGAGACGAGACGAGACGAGAUGACAUCCCUGACCUAGAGACUCCAUGUGGAGUGCCAGUGCCUUCCCCCCUUUGAGGUCUCCAUCACUUCCAGGGGUACAGCAAGCAUCAUGCAAUGGGAGAGUAAUUUUAACCACACUACGCUGCAACCAAGUUGUCGGCCUGUGUCAAUUUCUUUGCAUCGAAAAUGGUUUUGUGAAACUUGAUUAUUAGGCUCCACAAGUUUUUGGCAUAUAUACAGAAUGUGAAGCACUUGUCAUUUUAUACUUGUAUUUGAGAAUGUUAAUCGUGAAAGGAAGUUGUUUCCAAGUUGAUGUACCCUUACACUUGCUGUUUACUCUCAGACCUGUCCUGAGCCAUACUCCAAGCCUUUAGUUCAAUACGGGAUGCUAGCAGGGGAUUUCAUGUUGGCCACUAACAUCUUGCUGUCUGGGAGCAACUAUUCCUAAGUUGCUCUGCUUUUCAAAUUUAUGAACAUGGGCAUUGUGGACCACAGCUCUUACUACACUAUCCAGGACACCCACUGUAUGGACACCAUAAAGGAGUGCUGGAAUGAGAAAAGAGCGGAGAUAGUACAGAGCCUACAAGACAGAGAUGUUGCGAUCAUGACGGAUGGAGGAAUGGACAGCCCCGGGCACUGUGCCCAAUACUGCACAUACACCACCAUGGAAAAUGAGUCACGGGCAAUCCUCUCCAUCAUCACCGGGUUGAAGGAGUCAGGGCUCCGUUGUAGCAGUCAGUGUGGUGAUGUCAUUGGUGUGCAUGGGGGUGGCGUUGUUGCCAUGGUUGCAGCAGGCAGCAUGGUGACGUCAUCAGUGUGCAGCGUCGGGUUGGCGUUAGACCCCUGGCCUCCUCUGCCUCUGCCUCUUCCCUGUCUGGUUCCUCCUCCCCCUCCUCUGCUGCCACCUCUUUCACUAGAACCUGCACUCUUUCCUCUCUCUGUCAUUCCUCCUCUGGCUCUUCCUCUCCGUACUAUGCCUCUUCCACCAGGACCAGGACCUGCCCUCUCUCCUCUCUCUGUUGCUCUUCCUCUCCAUCCUUUUGUACCACAUGGACCUGCACUCUUUUCUCUUCCUCCUCUCUCUGCCACUCUUCCUUUAGUUCAUCCUCUCCACCCUUUGCCUCUUGUGGCACUGGCACCUGACCAGCCCUCACUGGCUUCACUUGACACCAGUGAGGGCACUUCAUAACUGAGGUCUGCAUCGGACUGCAACAAGGAAGAACAGUUGGUUACUACUCAGCACUCUGGUGCCAUGCCAUUAGUCUCUGAUAUGAAAGCCCGUUGUUCCAAAAUACACAUUCUCCCUUGAUGCGCAAGUGAUCAUUUUAACCCAAACCAUGAUCUUUCCCUAACCCUACUCAAGUGGUUUUUGUGCCUAAACCUAAGCACUUUAACUACAGCGUUGUCUCACCAUAAAACAUCAUUAAUUUUUAACAAGCAUGUCAAAUACACUAAGAUAUUAAAAACACGACGGUUAGCCAAAUUGGAGCGCCUAACCCUAAGUAACAUUAAUGGCAGUGCGUCAUUAUUGGUUAUCAGACACUGAUACUGUUUAUUACCUGACAAGACAGACUUUAUACAUUAGUGAGGUCUUCUGCUAAAUUCGGCAUCUGAUUUAAUGAAAUCACAUGUUACAAAUAUUGUGUAUUUGUAAAACCAGAGGUGUCAAACAGUAACACAUCUUACUUGAAUUAAUUGCAAAUGUACACAUUAGCUGAUCAACCUACAGUGUAGGACUUGUUCUCACUUGUCACUGUGAAUGUUGUGCCCGUCUUGCGCUUGUGCAGGUUCAAUGUCCUCAACCUGGCAAGCUGCGUGAGCUUCAACUCUGGGGAGGAGGGGGCAGGGGAGACAACUCUCUCCAGUAUUUUGAAUUUGGGCUGCAGUACCCGUUUUA